AUGAAGAGUAGGGUGACACAAGUGAAUCAUGGUUCCAGUUACGAAAGGAAGGAAAGCUACAGUUCACGCCAAAGAAGUUUGUCUCCAGAGGACAGGGAUGUAGAGCGUGACAGGUCUCCAUCUCCCAGAAAGAGAAGAUACUCUGAUGACAGCAGAUAUGAUCAGGACUAUUCAAGAAGGGAUUACUAUGAUGACAGAACUUCAGAAGGAAGAAGGAUGGAAAGAGGGCGAGAGAGACACCAUGAGAAAUGGGAGGAGAGGGAAUCCGAUCGAAGGAAGCAGAGAAGAUACUCAUCACCUGAUCGUAGGAGUCCAGAGAGGUCGAAAGCCCAAAGCUCACCUGGUCAUGAUGAGACCACUUCAAAGAAGAAGAAAGAAGAAGUGGAUCCAAUCCUUACCCGCACAGGUGGUGCAUAUAUUCCACCUGCCAAGCUCAGGAUGAUGCAAGAGCAAAUCACUGAUAAAAAUAGCUUGGCCUAUCAGAGGAUGAGUUGGGAAGCCUUGAAGAAGUCGAUCAAUGGUCUUGUCAAUAAAGUGAACGUUUCUAAUAUAGAAAAUAUCAUUCAUGAGCUCCUUCAGGAAAAUAUUGUUCGGGGAAGGGGAUUGCUGUCUAGAUCCAUUUUGCAAGCUCAGAGUGCCUCUCCAAUUUUUACCCAUGUUUAUGCAGCUCUUGUGGCAAUUAUCAAUUCCAAGUUUCCAAAUAUUGGGGAAUUGAUUCUCAAGAGGUUGAUACUAAAUUUUCGUAAAGGAUAUCGCAGAAAUGAUAAGCAACUCUGUUUAACAUCUUCAAAAUUUGUUGCACAUUUGGUGAAUCAGAAUGUGGCUCAUGAGGUUUUAUGUUUGGAAAUGCUCACUUUGCUCCUUGAAAGGCCUACUGAUGACAGUAUUGAAGUAGCAAUUGGAUUUAUUAAAGAGAGUGGGCUCAAGUUAACAGAAAUUUCUCCUAGAGGUAUUAAUGCAAUCUUUGACCGUCUUCGACACAUUCUGCACGAAUCUAAAAUUGAUAUGCGUGUUCAGUAUAUGAUAGAAGUCAUGUUUGCUGUACGGAAGGAUGGCUUCAAGGAUCAUCCAGUCAUUCCAAAUGGAUUAGAUCUGGUGGAAGAGGAGGAUCAGUUUACUCAUAUGUUGCCACUGGAAGGUGACUACAACCCAGAGGAUAUUCUUAAUGUUUUUAAGAUGGAUCCAAACUUUAUGGAAAAUGAAGAGAAAUACAAAAUGCUGAAGAAAG